UCACAGUUUUUUAUAUUGCAGCCUUUUAGCCAAAGUUCAUUUUUCGCCUUAUUGAUGUACCCACAGCACCCCAUAGUGACAGAAAAAAAAAUGGAUUCCAGACAUAUUUGCUGUUUUAUUAAGAAAAUAUUGCAGCGGGAGAAAGGCUGGCGCGGUCGACUUCUCCAACGGGAAAACUUUCCUGUUACUUCCCGGUCGGAGUCUACGUCGGCACGUCCAGAUUUUGACCGAGUGGGUUGCGAAAAGGCCUGCAGGCCCCGUCUCACGAAGUCUACACGCCCCUGUUGCGACGCAACCAAGUUAUCCACAAAGUGAUUGGAGUGACGUACAGCAGUGGUCACAGGCGGCAGGUGUGUUUUUACACACUUGCCCAAUAAAGCUGAUUGUGAUUUGGAACGUGACCCCACUUACAGUUCCUACGGCGACAAGCUGAGGUUCUACACGGGCGGGUACACAAUGACUUUCUCCCUGCACCAACUUUUUUCCUCCAUUUUUGAAAUUAUUAUUGUACAUGUAUGGCGUAUUUCUUUCUUUCUUUGCGGACAAGACGUGAAAAAAAUCCAACACCAUGAGUACGUGCUGAACAUGUUAGUUGAGCGGCAAAACGAGGUCAAAGCGAAGCCGAGCUGGAACCCUUGCGGGGUCAGAGUUCACGGAGGAGUCGUUUCCGCUCGUCCAACUUUUUUUUUUUCACGGCGACGGAAGUGGUCCCCUUGGAGGGGGGGGAGGGAGUGUUGCGCAUGCGCUUGGCGACCCCGUUGACUAGCUAGUUAGCUAGUUCGCUAGGUAGCUGGCUGUGGCUGGCUGUGGCUGGCUGGCUUCCUGGGUGUAGUCUGCUGCUCGCUGUCGAUGGCGGCGGACGCGAAGAGCUGAGCUCUCUCGGAACUCCUCUUAGCGAGUUUUUUUUUUUUUUUUUUUUGGGUCAAGGUCUUUCCUCCCAAGGCGCUCCGAACUUCUUCCCGCCCGCUCGGCCACCCGUUUCGGACCCCCUUUCGUUCCCUCCGAGUAAGCGGUCUCGGCUCCGACAUGGCGGCUUCUCCGCGGUUGUCACUCCUGGCGGCCGCCCUGGCGGCGGCGGCCAUGGCGGUCGGCGUCGGCGCGGCCAUGGACGAGUGCGCGGACGAGCAGGGGCGCGCGCAGCGCUGCAUGCCGGAGUUCGUGAACGCCGCCUUCAACGUCACCGUGGUGGCCACCAACACGUGCGGGAGCCCCCCCGAGGAGUACUGCGUCCAGACGGGGGCCACCGGGGUCACCAAGUCGUGCCACAUCUGCGACGCCCGCGACCCCCGCAACCAGCACGGCGCCGCGUACCUGACGGACUACAACAACCAGCAGGACGCCACCUGGUGGCAGAGCCAGACCAUGCUGGCGGGGGUGCAGUAUCCCAAUGCCAUCAACCUCACCCUGCACCUCGGCAAGGCGUUCGACAUCACCUACGUGCGCCUCAAGUUCCACACGAGCCGUCCCGAGAGCUUCGCCAUCUACAAGCGCAGCGGCGAGGGCGGCGCCUGGACGCCGUACGCGUUCUACAGCGGCUCGUGCGAGAAGACGUACGGCAAGGGCAACCGGGGCUUCAUCCGCACCGGCGAGGACGAGCGGCGGGCGCUGUGCACCGACGACUUCAGCGACAUCUCGCCGCUCACCGGCGGCAACGUGGCCUUCUCCACGCUGGAGGGGCGGCCCGGCGCCUACAACUUCGACCGCAGCCCCGUCCUGCAGGACUGGGUGACGGCCACGGACAUCCGCGUGACCUUGAACCGGCUCAACACCUUCGGCGACGAAGUGUUCAACGACCCCAAAGUGCUCAAGUCGUACUACUACGCCAUCUCGGACUUCGCCGUGGGCGGAAGGUGCAAGUGCAACGGCCACGCCAGCGAGUGCGCAAAGGACGGCCGAGGUCGUCUGCUGUGCAACUGCAAACACAACACGGAGGGGGCCGACUGCCAGACGUGCCGGCCCUUCUACAACGACCGACCGUGGAGGCGAGCCACCGCCGACGACGCCAACGAGUGUCUGCCGUGCGAGUGCAACGGGAAGAGUUCCGAGUGCUACUUUGACGCCGAGCUGUACCGGGCCACGGGACACGGAGGUCACUGCGAGAACUGCGCCGACAACACGGACGGACCCAGGUGCGAGCGCUGCCUGGACCGCCAUUACAGACGCGACGACGGCCGCUGCCUUCCCUGCGCCUGCGACGCCGUCGGUUCCGAAUCCCCUCAGUGCGACAGCCGAGGCGUGUGCGCGUGCAAAGCGGGCGUGACGGGAGAAAAGUGCGACCGCUGUCGGACGGGAUUUCACAGCCUCACCGAGGCCGGAUGCAGGCCGUGUUCGUGCUCGCCUUCGGGAAGCACUCAGGAAUGCGACGUCGGCACGGGACGGUGUCGCUGCAAGGAGAACGUGGAGGGAUUCACCUGCGACAGGUGCAAGCCGGGCUUCUUCAACAUGGACGCCGGUAACGCCGAAGGCUGCUCUCCGUGUUUUUGCUUCCUUCACUCGUCCGUGUGCGACAGCGCGCCCGGCUUCAGCGUGCACACGCUCCGCUCCGCCUUUGAGAGAGAUGACGAGCAGUGGACGGGGCAGCGUCGCGACUCGUCCGGCGUGCCGGUCGAGUGGUCGCCCGGCGCUCAGGACAUCUCGCUGGUGUCCGACGACUACUUCCCCGUGUACUUCGUGGCGCCAGACAAGUUUUUGGGUGAUCAGCUGCUGAGCUUCGGUCAGAACCUGAGUCUGAGUUUCCGCGUGGAUCGCCUCGACACCCGCUUGUCCGCCGAGGACCUGGUCCUGGAGGGUGGCGGUCUCCGGGUGGCCGUGCCCCUCAUCGCCCAGGGCAACGCCUACCCCAGCGACGAGAAGCACGACUACGUCUUCAGACUCCGCGACAGCGCCGACUUCCCGUGGCGGCCGCCCGUCAGCCAUUCAGACUUCCAGAAACUUCUCCGCAACCUGACGGCCAUCAAGAUCCGCGGCACCUACAGCGAGAAGAGUGCGGGUCACCUGGACGACGUGACCCUGGUGACGGCCCGGAGGGGCCCCGGGGUCCCGGCCCGCUGGGUGGAGCAGUGCACGUGCCCUCAAGGCUACGAGGGCCAGCACUGCGAGCGCUGCACGCCCGGCUACCGUCGGGCCCGCCCGGAACUCGGAGCCUUCGGUGCCUGCGAGGCCUGCGACUGCAACGGGCACGGCGACACCUGCGACGCCCGCACGGGCGCUUGCGACUGCCAACACGACACGGCCGGCCUGAGCUGCGAGCGCUGCCGCAACGGUUUCUACGGCGACGCCACCAAGGGGACUGCGUCGGACUGCCGGCCGUGCCCGUGUCCCGCCGGCGCCGGCUGCGCCGUGGUCCCCAAGAGCGGGCAGGUGGUCUGCACCAACUGUCCCGCCGGCACCGCAGGCAAGCGGUGCGAGCUGUGCGACGACGGAUUCUUCGGGGACCCCCUGGGCGAGGGGGGUCCGGUGCGCCCGUGCCGCGCCUGCAGGUGCAGCGACAACAUCGACCCCAACGCCGUGGGCAACUGCGACCGGGAGACGGGCGAGUGCCUCAAGUGCAUCUACAACACGGACGGCUUCUUCUGCGACCGAUGCCGGGACGGUUUCUACGGCAACCCCCUCGCCGCCGACAAGUGCAAGGCCUGCGCCUGCUCCCCGCAAGGGACGGCGGGCGCUCAGACGAGCUGCUCGGCGGCGACGGGCCAGUGCCCGUGUUUGCCCGACGUGAUCCAGCGCGACUGCAGCGCCUGCCGGCCGGGAUUCUUCAACCUGCGGAGUGGAAACGGCUGCGAGCGGUGCAACUGCGACGCCGUCGGCUCCACCAACGGUCAGUGCGACAUCGACAGCGGGCAGUGCGAGUGCCAGCCGGGCGUGGCCGGGCCCAGGUGCGAGCGCUGCGAGCUCAACUUCUUCGGCUUCGGCCCGUCCGGAUGCAAACCCUGCGACUGCGACCCCGAAGGCGCCCAGUCGGGUCAGUGCCAGGAGGACGGACUCUGCCGGUGCCGGCCGGGCUUCGUGGGCGCCCGCUGCGACAUGUGCGAGGAGAACUACUUCUACAACCGCUCGGUGCCCGGAUGCCAGCAGUGCCCUUCCUGCUACAGUUUGGUGCGGGACAAGGUGAACCAGCACCGUCAGAAGAUCCACGAGCUGCAGACGCUCAUCGACAACCUGGCGUCCGGUCAGGAGACGGUCAGCGACGCGGCCUUCGAAGACCGCCUGAAGGAGGCUGAGCGCGCGGUCCUGGACCUCCUGGACCAGGCCCGCUCCAGCAAGGACGUGGACCUGGGCCUGCUGGAGCGUCUCAACGUCAUCAACGGCACUCUGACCACGCAGUGGAACCGUCUGCAGAACGUGCGCAACACGGUGGAGCGGACGGGCGCGCGAGCGGAUCGCGCGCGCCACCGCGUCCGCCAGGCCGAGAACCUCGUCGAGCGAGCCCGACGGGAGCUGGACAAGGCCAGAGACGCCGUCGCCAAAGUGGACAUCAAGUCUCCGAGCGGCGACGGCGAGCCCAACAACAUGACGCUGCUGGCCGAGGAAGCGCGCAAGUUGGCCGACAAGCACAAGAUGGACGCCGACCAGAUCGAGAAGAUCGCCAAAGACGCCAACGACACGUCCGCCAAGGCGUACAACCUGCUCCUCAAGACGCUCGACGGCGAAGGGAAGACGGCUCAGCGGAUAGACGAGCUCAACGGGAAGUACAAAGAGGCGCUGGAGCUGGCUGCCAAUUUGGAGAAGCAGGCCGCCAAAGUCCAAGCGGAGGCGGAGGCGGCGGGAAACCACGCCCUCAAGAUCUUCGCCAACCUCACCGGCCUGCCGCCCUUUGACACGCGCGCCCUGGAGGAGGAGGCCGACAAGAUCAAGAAGGAGGCGUCCGACUUGGACAGACUUAUCGACAAGACGGAGAAGGAGUAUAACGAGCUGAGGGACGACCUCCGGCCCAAAGAGCAGGAAGUGCGCAAACUUCUGGAGACGGGACGAAGUGAACAGCAGACCGCCGACCAGCUUCUGGCCCGCGCCGACGCGGCCAAGGCGACGGCGGAGGAGGCCGCCAAGAAGGCUCAGUCCACCUUCCGCGAGGCCGAGAGCAUCCUGGACGACCUGCGAGACUUCGACAGGCGCGUCAACGACAACAAGACGGCGGCCGAGGACGCCCUGAGGAGAAUCCCGGCCAUCGAGGCCACCGUCGCCGCCGCCCGCGCCAAGACCCGCCAGGCCGAGGCGGCGCUGGGAAACGCCGACGCCGACGCCGGGCACGCCAAGGCCAAGGCGGAGGAGGCGGAGCGAAUCGCCGCCAACGUGCAGAAGGGUUCGGCCAAAUCCAAGGAGGAGGCGGAGAGAGCCCUGCGGGACGCCGACAAGCUGGACGAGGAGGUGGACGGCAUGAUGGAUGAGCUGAGCGCCGCCGAGGACCAACUGAAGAAGAAGAAGGCCGAGGCCGACCGGGACAUGAUGAUGGCCGCCGCGGCGUCGACUAACGCCAAGGAGGCGGAGGACAACGCCCGCAAAGCUAAAAGCGCAGUCAAGACGGUCCUCAGCACCAUCGCCGCCCUGCUGGAGCAACUUGGAAACAUCGAGAAAGUGGACGCGGGCAAGCUGACGCAAAUCGACGAGUCGCUACGACGCGCCAAGGACAAGAUGGCCGACGGCGAGCUGGACAGGAAGUUGACGGAACUGAACGACGUGGCGCGCUCGCAGGAGGCCAUGAUCGGCGACUACGACCGUCAGAUCCGCGAAAUCCGAGCGGACAUCGCCAACCUCAACGACAUCAAGAACACCCUUCCCGACGGCUGCUUCAACACGCCGUCCCUGGAAAAGGCCUAAACGCCGGCGCGCACCUUCCCAAAACUCUCCAUUUUGAUUCUUGUCUGUUUGUUUCGGUUUUUUUUUUUUUUUAUACCGUGCGUCUGCGCAAAGCACCAGAGACCGGCACGAACCCCACGAGACUGCACGCGCGCCGCCGUACGCAGGAAGUCGCUCCCGCUCGCGUCGUGACCCGUCGUCGGGAAGCGUGACGUCAUUCUCGUACGGGACUUUGCCACCCAGCGUGUAUUUUCUCGCCCUCCAUCCCACCUACGCCCGGAACUGCUCACCAGCUAAGUGAAAAUGGUCUCCAACCUGUUAGGUGAUGAGUCCUCUCACCGGAAAUAGGACAAAUCCGAGAAUCCGUAGCCUGCAAGUGCGCUGAAGAAUAAAUGAAACCUCGUUUGCGUUCAAUAAACGCUCAAGCAGCUUUCUGCUACGAUAUUUAAGCAUUUAUUCCAAACCUUCGUAUCCAUGUACAAGUAGUCAACUUUUUUUUUCUUGUCCUCACUAGUAACGCAAUUCAAGGCAACGAGCGGGCGACUGCGGCGUCGUACAACUAGUGAAGCGGCGCGCACUUUUCCUCCCUUAGUACGGUAGAGCCUCAAAUCAUUUUGGCACAUGUGUGUUACUAGUGCACUGAUUGAAAACUAGUAUUUCGAAUUAGAUGGCUAUCAACCAGCAAAUACGUCUUUUUUUUUUUUUUUAUUGCCGGACAAUUGGAACAAGGGCUGAUUGCGUUAGCGGAAAUAGAGUCGCGCUCGAGUGCUUUGAAUUGUCGGACCGGUGAGGAAAGAGCAGAAUUGUCCUCGUAUCUUAAGCCGGAAAGGGAGGAAACGCUCAAAACGCUUUUCCGUGACGUGACGACGUGAAAUCACGACCGCGCGCCGCUAAACAUUUGUCCUUCUCGUACGUGGCGUCGUCAUCGCGCCGCGUCAAGAGUGAAUCCGCAGGGAUCCGUCUCGAGCCUCCCUCACGUUACCCAUCACGACCCGCCGCCGCCUAACGUUUGACAUUUUCCAGCAUCAGCAGCGUCGCCCUCAUUAUCACCAGGGAACCCGCCGGGAUCCGUCCUGCGCCUCCUUGAGUGACUGACGCUAAGCUAAAUGCGUUUCGCGCUCCACGCUGACGUCGCCCGGACUCUAUGCAACUUUUGUACAUUUGCUCUGAUACACUGGUGCUAAAGACGUGUGUGGGUGCGUGCGUGCGUUUUUAAAUAGCGACGUCGAUGUCGCCGUUUUCUUGUCCUUUAUCUCAACGUCGCACGACUGAAGAUGGAGUUAACCUUUUGAAUUUUAAUGACUGUGCUUUAAUAUGAAUGUUGUGCGUGUAAUCCAAACCAGAACCCUAUGACCUUUGACCUCCAUCCAUCCACGUAUAGACAAUGUAAGCGCACGUGUGUAAUAAACAGUAUUGUUAAGUUA